GGCGACGAGGAGGACGUUCGCGAGGGCUGCCCGCAGAACCGGGAGGAAGCGGCCGCGCUGGGCCGCCGCUGCCUGCGCAAGUGCAAGACCGAUGAGGACUGCAUCAGCUCCAAGAAGAAGUGCCUCUGCGACGGACGCUGCGGCUGGAGUUGCGUCAGGCCAGAUUUAAACUGCGACGAGUUGGAGCCUCUGGAGAACGGCCAGUUCCGGGUGAGCGGCGACUACUUCGGGGCGCGUGUCUACUACGAGUGCGCUGAGAAUUUCUGGAUGUCCGGCCCCAAGGAGCGCAUGUGCCAGGGCGACGGUGGCUGGAGCGGCCGAGCGCCCGAGUGCAAGAAGCAACCGUCGUGCAGCAGCCCGCCGGGCGUGCCGCACUCGCGCACGAACGCGAGCGACGGCGCCCGGGACUUUGUGAUCAACUCGACGGUGCGCUACACCUGCUUCCCAGGCUACGAUGCCAAGGGCUUCGACGUGGCCAAAUGCAUCUUCUACAAUGGCUCCGCCCAGUGGUUCGGCCCGGACCUAAAGUGCGACCCCAAGAGCUGCGGCCCCCCAGGAGAGGUUGAGCACGGCCGUCGCAUGGGCGCCAUGACGCGCUUCACCAGUUCGGUCAAGUACGAGUGUCACGAGGGAUACGAGCUGUUCGGCCGGGCGCACCGCUACUGCCAGUCCUCCGGCCAGUGGAGCGGCACACUGCCAGAGUGCAGGCCGGUGCAAUGUGACAAGCCCGAGGACCCCCUGAACGGCCGGGCCAUCUUCGACCAGCUGCUGUUCAACUCGGUGGUGCGAUACGAGUGCCACCACGGAUUUCGCCUGAAGGGGCCUUCCACGGCGCGCUGCAACUCUCAGCGGCAAUGGGAGGGCGCACCCACACACUGCGUUGAGAUCGACUGCGGCCACCCUGGCCACCUGCACAACGGUUACGUGGAGUUCCGCUCGUCGACGCUCAACGCCAAGGCCACGUACAACUGCUUCGACGGCAUGAAGUUCCAGGGCGAGUCCAACACCAGCAUCUGUCUCGACACCGGUAACUGGUCCAACCCAUUGCCCAAGUGUCUCGCGCCGUGCAAGAUUCCGACGCUGGAGCACGCAUACGUGAAUCUAUCGACACCCGAAUCCCGGCUGGAGCACGGGCGCCGGCUCAGCGUCAGCUGCCACGAGCACUAUGAGCUGGCCUAUAAUUCUACGCCGCCACGGUGCAACAACGGAUCGUGGACACAUCUGCCAAUAUGCGCGCCAGCCCGAUGCAAGAGCCUUCCUGAGCGGCCUGCGCAUGGAUUCGUGAUCGCGCCGAAGACGGACCAUGGCAUGCGGGCACUGUUCCGCUGCACCGACGGAUACCAGCUGGUGGGGCCCAACGUCACCGUCUGCCAGUUCGGAAACUGGACGCACGAGGCUGUGCCCUUGUGCCGAGAGAUCUACUGCCCCUUCCCGGGCUCGAUCGAGCACGGCCGCGUGCUGCUGGUGGGCAACAUGGGAAUGUACGACUACCGGCCGUACGUCCGGCGCGUGAGCAACAACCGGCAGAUCAUGUUCGAGUGCCGCCGGGGCUACACCAUCCUGCACGGGCCCCCCGGAGCCACCUGCGUGGACGGCCGUUGGAGUCCGUCGGAGCUCCCGCGCUGCGUGCGCGGCUCACACCCACACGUGCGCCAGAUCCGCAGCGCCAGGCGCCGCCGCCGCCGCCUGGCCGCGAGGACGCGACGCGACGCCCACACACGUCGCCGGCGGUGGCGCCGCACGGGGGGUCCGUGCAGGCUGGCGCCAAACGUGGGCCCAGGCCAACGGGGCCGCAGCGAUGAUGGGGACAUGCGCAGCGCCAAUCCAGGGGGCGGCCGUCGUGGCAGGGAGCUCUGCGGCGCGGGCAACGCCACAGCCAGGUGCGUGCAGGCCGGAUGGCAGCCCUCCCGGGAGGAGAGACGUCUCUGCCGCCCUCGGCCUCGCCGCCGCCGCGCCCCCACAUGCAGUUUGCCCGAGGUGCCGAACGGCUCGUUCCGGGAGCUGACGACGGAGCGGCCUCUGGAUCCGGCGGAGCUGAUCGGCCACGGCACCCUGGUGGAGCUGGUGUGCGCCGGCGGCUUCCAGGUUCAGGGCCAGCCGGAGCUGCGCUGCUGGCAGGGACAGUGGACCCCCAGCCUGCUCCCAGAGUGUUUGCCAGAGCCGUGCGAGCUGCCAGCGCUGCGGGGCGGCCGCUACCUGGGCGGCUACCGGACGGGCCUAACCAUAUCGCCGGGCUCGUCGGUGGAGUACGCCUGCGACGAACCGCACCUGCGCCAAUGGCCGCCGUCACCGCUGCGCUGCCGCAUGGGCCGACUGCAACCGGCACCGCCAACCUGCUUGCCGCCGCCACAGACGCCUUCGGCAGCCGGCUCCGGCCUCGGAGCAGCGCCGGAGGAGGCGCCACAGCCGGAGUCGGUGCCCGUGGCGGUGGUGGAGGAGGCUCAGGGGUCGACAGCGUCCCCGGGGCCCCCCAGUGGAGGUGACGCCGUCCCGCGCCGCGCAACGUCACCGCCACCUUCGGACCGGCCCUGCAGCGCUCCGGAGCGGCUGCACAACGCGCUCGCCUUCCGGUCCUCGUCGCCGUCGCGAUCCGAGGAGGAGGACGGGGAGGAGGACUCCAGGGGCCUGUUGCAGUUCCCUCACGGCACGGAAGUGGUCUUCCGCUGCAUCGACAGCGCCGGAGGCGGCGAGAGGAGCACCUGGAAGCUCCUGUGUGAGGACGGCAGCUGGCUGGGCCGCCCCGAGAAGUGCGAGGACGGGGCGCAGCAGCUGUCGGUGCCCAAGGAAGAGCGGCGCAAUCGGUCCUGCGUGUUCCGCAACACGGAGCCCAACCUGGAGGCCUUCCAGGGCGACCGACGCAUCACGGACGACACGCUCCACUUUCCGCCGGGUUCCGAGCUCGUCUUCCGCUGCAAGGACAUCGGCAAAUACAGCCUGGUGGGCAGCGUACGCCGACGCUGCGUGUACGGCGACUGGGACGGCGUCAAGCCCUCCUGCUUCGGACUCUCCCAGGAGAACGACUACGCGCUGGAGAAGCCUCCGACGAUCCUCUUCCGGCCGCACGUGAUGCCGGUAGCGCAGAGCAAUGACGGCAAGCUGGUCGUGUACCCGGGGGCUAUCCUGCACUUGGAGUGCCUCUGGCUGCGCAAGUACGGCACGCCCAAGUGGGAGGUCAGCCACAAGUCCCGCAAGUACGCCGAAGGCUGGACCACGGAACCUGGCAGGGACUCUCAACUCGAGUAUCGGCUCUCCAUCUACCACGCCAAGAAGGACGACUCGGGUCGGUACACCUGCAUCACGCCCAUGGGCCACAAGCACUCCGUCGACAUCGUCGUUUCCCCGGUGCACUGUCGUCCACUGCCGAGCGUGAGCGGGCUGUCGGUGAGCACCGCGACGACGCGGAUGGGCACCAAGGUGGUCUUCUCGUGCGACGAGGGCCAGCGGCUACGCGGCAGCCAGCAGGCCAUGUGCCUGCCUUCGGGGAACUGGUCAGCACCUCCACCCAUCUGCCAAGUGGCCGAGUGCCACGACAUCACCGGCGCCUCGGACGGACUCGUCGUGGUAAAGGCCGAGCAGCGAGCGGUCGGCUCCCGGGCGCACUUUUCGUGUCCCUUGGGCUACGCUCUACGGGGACAGGCGUCCGUGGAGUGCCUCGACACUGGCCAGUGGUCCGGCUCACUGCCGCGCUGUGAAGAGGUGGUGUGUUCGGCGCUGCCUCCACCCGAGAACGGCUACGUGGAAGGUGAGCGUGGGACACAGUACCGCGGCGGUCAGCAGAUGCAAUUCGCCUGCCGGCCGGACCACAUGAUGCUCGGCGCUGGUGUGCUCGAGUGCCUGGACAACGACCGCUGGAGCGGCACCAUCCCCAAAUGCGUUCCGGCGUGCCAGUACCCGAGCGUCCGCGACGGGGCGCGCAUCUUGUCGCGAGUGAACUACUUCUACCGCAUCAACGAGACGGUGUCGUUCGAAUGCCCUGAGGGCUUCCAGCUACGGGGGAGUCCCAUGAUCCAGUGCGUGGCCAAGGGCCGCUGGUCGGCCGCCGUGCCCAGGUGCCAGCCGUUCGCCCCGUCGACGUCCUCCUCUCACGAGAGGAGACUCAGGAGGCACCAUCGGCGCUGGCCGCUCGCCACGCCCGUCGCGGCCCACUGGCACCUGUGACCAUGCUAAGCAGCACGCGCCGAGCUCGUCGAGUUCGCUAGCGGACGGCGCUCGGAGUGCAGCGAUCGCAUUCUAAUCUAUCACUUCGCGGCCAACGGUUAAUUGGGACCGAUGAAAAUGCAGGUGGUCUGCCUCAGUUGCGUCUAGUUUCGUCAUCAGCCGCCAUAAAGUCUCACGACCGUCCUUGCGUGGUCUGUACGGCUGACUACAGACACUUCAGGAACGUGGAAUACAUUGAUGAAUUUUCUUUCAGCCUAUAAGCAUGCGGUCAGCAGUGGAUGAAUGCAUCACGCAUCUGUCGGUGGUACUUGCACAGCGCGUUAUGCUGCCCAUAAGGCCGUGAAAAAGUAAUUAUCUUGGAAUCUGUUGCAACCGAUUUCAUGGUCACCGGUACAAUUGCGGCGCUGAGAGAUUUGCUUUCGUUCUCUCUAUUGCUCUCUUGUUUUCCUUAUUUUUUUUUUAACUCGAGUUGAGCUCAACAAAAAAGUGACUCAAUUUAGGUCCGCUGGAAUUGGCUUGAGCUUGGCCGAGAAAGCCGGAUCUUGUCGAAGCGCCACUCUUUCAACUGAACAGUAUAUCCGAAUGUCGUUUAGGCCUGCACAACCAAGAAGCAACGUGAAGUAAGCAAAUUUACUCUUGUUGAGCUCGACAGGUCCCUAGUUCAGUGCUUUGUAGGACUGUUUGCCUUAGACGGCCAAUGGUUCGCUCGCUUCCAAAAAGUCAAGACCUCUGUCGCGGCGUCGUGAACGCCGGCGCAUUAAGCACAGCUUGUCCUGUCUUCAUUAAGACAUCACAGUGAAAACAUUUGUAUGAUGCAUUUGCAUAUCUUUUCAGAGCAGCGGUGCAAAAACACUCUUCGGGGAGAACACGACUUGAAUGGAAUCAUCUCCUUGUCAUGGCGCAACUUGCGAGCGCCCCAGGUCGACGUCUUCACUGAAUGAGUGAAAGGAGCGUUGUGUCACUGUAACUAUACGUCAUAAAUAACGAAUGUACUCGUGCGCUCAAAUACAGUUGAUUACUUGCGUGCUGCCGGAGUUACUGCUCUUUUUUUUUCGGGAAUAACCUAAAGGAUAUAAUUAAUUAUUUGAUACUGUGAAAUGUAUGGAAUACUGUGCCGCGCAAUAGUCCACGUCUAGACUUUUUUGAAGGCGAAAGAUAAAGCGACGCCAAUUUAUUAUUUCGCGCGUAGACUUUGUUCAUGUCCAGGGGAAAAAAAUGUCAUUCUUACAAGGAGGGAUAUGCACAUGGCGCGCAUAUGCAACAUGUGCAAAUCCUGAAACUAUAAUUACAUAGCUAAGCUAUACCUUGUUCUUUCCUGUUUGAAAACUCACAAUUAAACGACGGAACACUGUGCUCCACCGGCUGCGAUGGGAUUGCAAAUACUCGGCGCAGUGCUUCAGUGAAUCUCCGGUGGCGCCCAGAACUGUGAAGCAAAAGGGCACCGAUCGACCCGGCGGACGUGUGGUGCGUACGGUGGGACAACUUUAUAAUGUGCGCCUCCAUCUAGUGGACUCCGUGAUGCGCGCGUCGCCCGAAGUGCCGUUAUGAACGCUCUCAUGCUCGAGCAAGAUGAGAGAGAGCAAAAAAAAAAGCAUUAAAAAACGAAAUAGAACUGUUUACGUCUUCCACAUUGACAGUGCACACAGCUACGGUUGUUUUGGAAGUAGCGGAAGUUUUUUGUCAAUGAGUUGACGUCCUUUAUUACUCGAGUUGCAAGAGCACAAAUGUGUCAC